CUAUUUAGUUUAGUUGCUACCAGUUGACCUGUAGAAGUGCAUCGUGGGCUAUCGAAAUGUCCACACCAUUCGUUCAACGAUCUCAUGUCAAAAUAGUCAAGUUAUAAGUACUUUUGCUCGAUAUUUUUUACAUUAUUUUUUUCAAUUUCGAUUCAUUCGCUCUUCCACUCUCUAUUUAUGUUUUCAAAUUUUUAAAACUCGAGUAGGUAUUUCAAUUGACUGUGCCUAUUUCAAAAUGAGAAGACUAUUUUCAAUCCCUUCUUCGGCAUUAGUUUUAAGCAUACUUUCAUUAGUAUCAACUCAGAACUCGACAAAAAAAAUUUGCGAAACGAAAGAAUGUUUAUCGGCAGCGCAAAAUUUAAAAGAAUCGAUCAACUUUGAAGCGGAUCCUUGUGAUGAUUUCUACAAGUAUGCUUGUGGAAAUUGGCCAAAAGUUCAUGAAAAUCCAAGUUUGAUCCCUGGAAGUACUAUCAGAUUGAGAAAUGACGAAAAUACAGCAGAACUUUACGAUUUUCUCAAAAAGAAUAACACCGAAGAUGAACCUGAAGCUGUCCAUAAAGCUAGGAAAUUAUAUGCGUUAUGUUUAAACAAAACCGCAUACAGCAAUCAGACAGAACCGAUUAAAACCAUUCUACAAAAAAUUGGUCUACCAGUAGUUCCUUCCAUGUAUGAUGUGGAUAAAAACUACGAUUACACGACAGUAUUAGCCAGAGCUGCUAAAUUGGCUGGAAUCAAGAUGUAUUUCGACCUAGGAAUCAGCGCAAAUCCGUAUAAUCGAACAACGAAUAUGAUCGCAUUAGGGAAAAUAGCACCGACAGCUGAACUUGAUCCAACAAUGAUGCCUCUGAUUAGCAAAUCAAGUCCGUCAGAACGAGCAGCAAGAAAAAUUUCCGAAGAAGAAUUUAUGGAUCGAGUGGUUCGUAAAAUGUGCGAAGGGAGUCACUCGACUCCUUGCGUACAAUGGGAUGCAAAUACUCUCUGGGCACGAGAAAUAACGAUUCAAAAAGUUAUAUCGCAAAGAGAUGACCUUACACAAAUCAAACAUAAACCUAUUCCGGCACUGAAUUCUACGCCCAUAGCCAUAUACUCCUUGAAACAACUGCAAAAUUUAACUGACAGCAUUGCAACGGAAGUAAAUACAGUAAUUCCCAAGCUCAACUGGACCAAGUACAUAGAAGAAACUUUCAAAGAUUUGGAUAACGUAACAUUGGAUCUCAGUGAUCCGACAAAAGUUCAAAUCGCCAUUCAAGGUUUGGAAUUCAUCAAAGCAAUAACACGAUUUAUUUACAAAAUUGGAAAUGUGAAAAUGAUAGAGCUAGGACUUUGGUUGGAAGUUGUUUCCAAUCUUUUACCCUACGUUGAUUUGAAAACUUUCGAAGCUAAACAUGAUAUCGAUAAUAAGGAAGACUCUUCAGUUAGAGAACAAACUUGCGCUGAAAUAACGAAAUUAUCAUUUGGUAUGGCAGUUAGUUACGUAUAUGCGACGAAGGAAAAAUAUAUCAACGCCAAGACGGAGAUUCGUCAAAUGUACGGUCAUAUUCGAGACAGUUUCGAACAAAUUAUACAAACAGUGCCCUGGAUGGAUGACAUAACCAGGCAAAGAGCAUUGAAAAAAUUACACGCGGUGAAAUCCUAUAUUGUUUAUCCCAGUGUAAUCAAGACAACAAACAUACUGAAUGACUUCUAUAAAGACGUGAAAAUAUCGGACAAUUUUUACGAUACGAUGAUUACAACAGUUCAGAGUCGAGUGAAAAAGACUCUAAGCAAAUUGAAUCAAAUCAAUGAUCUAAAUGAAGACGAUUGGAUUAUAACUCCCAAUAUUGUCAACGCCAUGUACGAUCCUCAAAAAAAUGCCAUAAUUAUCCCUGCUGGUAUACUUGGAUUAUCAAUUUAUAAUCACAGUUUGCGGGCCUUGGAUUAUGGCGGAUUAGGUUCAAUCGUGGGUCACGAAUUAACUCACGCGUUCGACAACGAAGGACGACGUUUCAAUGAGAUAGGAAAUAUUGAAGACUGGUGGCAACCUGAAACUUUAAAUUCGUACAAAGAAAAGGCCAAAUGUUUCGUUAAAGCUUACGGCAAUUACAGCACAAACUUUGGAGGUAUCCGACAAAAGGUUGACAGUAAAGUAACACUAGGAGAGGAUAUCUCAGAUAAUGGCGGAUUCAAGGAAUCACUUUUCGCUUACAGAAGAUUCAAAUCUGAAUUUGGAGAUGAACCGAUUCUUCCACAGUUUGAAAACUUCACCCACGAACAACUCCUCACAAUAGGAUUUGCCAAUGUGUGGUGUGAAAAUCCAACCAUAGCAUCUACGUUGUUAAACAAAUUCAGCGAUCACAGCCCGGAUCCAGUUCGUGUGAAUGGAGUACUUAAAAAUUCCGAAGAGUUUUCUGAGAUUUGGAAAUGUCCUAAAGGCAGUAAUAUGAACCCAGAUAGUGAUAAAUGUUCUGUUUGGUGAUUUUUCAAGUUAGUUGAGAAUGAAAGUAACUAGAUUACAAUUCAGCAUUAUUUUUUGUAACAUUUUUCACUAUAAAUUAAUGUAAUGGGAAAUAAAUACAGGGUGUUUUACAGGAAA